AACUUGGCAAUGAGAUAAACUUUUAAAAGGCUACAUAGUUCAUGUUUUUUAUACUAUAAAAGACCUUGCAGCGAUUGUAAUUAACUGAAUGAUUCACACGGGAUCUAAUGAAGUUUAUAGUUCAUAUUUAACUAAAUCUCUCACAGUAUGUAUUAUAUUAUACUAAAUAGAUGAGCGCACUGGACUAAAAUAAGGAUUGUUUUAUUAUGUACCCCAGUAUUAGAUACGUGCUGUGUAAUGACCAGAACGUCGCGAAUCAGUACCCAUACAGAAGAACAAGUGGUCGUUCUGGUGUCAGUGUCAACGGGCCUAUGGAACGGAAAGAUUUAACUCUUAGUUUCCAUAAUCUUAUCAAGCGAGAUGAAGAACUAUACGGUUACACAAACCAAGCUAUGGAAACACCGACCCCUUCCACCCCCGGUGAUUGUCUUCAAGGAGUAUUUCAAACAUUGGACUCAUUAACACCAGGCCUGGAUUCAGAUUUUGACGAAUGUCUCGCUGUGCCAGAAUCUCUGUCAGUAAUUGAAAUAGAUAAGUGUAAAGAGGAAACGGAUGCUUCAGCGCCGCUAGCGAAAUCCGUACCGUACAGAAGUAUACACGCGCCGCCAAUAAAAUUCAAAUCGGUGCACAGAAAAGUGUUCAUUCCGGGUGUUGAAAUAAAGGUCAGAUUCGUGGAGAACGAGAGAAGCGUUACGACACACCUAUUGAAUCCUAACUUGUAUACAAUAAACCUACAGCACGGGGAUUUCAAAUGGACAAUCAAAAAGCGAUAUAAACACAUAUUAUACCUACACCAACAAUUAGCGCUUUAUAGGACAUCGCUGAAAAUCCCGUUUCCCACUAAAGCGCAUAAAACUAGACGGGCGAGUUUCAAGAACACGGUAGAUACAGAAGAGAAGGCUGAAAGGAUGGCGCUCGAAGCGCUGCCGGGGAGCAACCCGAAGCGGCGGGAACCUAAGCCUAGAAAGCGGAAAGGCGCAUUACCUAGAUUUCCCCGUAAGCCCGAAGUGAUGAUCACAUACGAAGGCAUUCAACUGCGUAUGAAACAACUGGAGGAGUACUUAUACAACUUGCUCAACAUAUCUAUUUAUAGGAACCACCAUGAGACUGUGGAAUUUCUAGAGGUAUCACAAAUGUCGUUCAUAUCGGAACUAGGGUCAAAAGGCAAGGAGGGUAUGAUAGAAAAAAGGACAGGGUCCACUCGGCCCGGGCAGGCGGGCUGCAACUGCUGCGGGCUGCUCGGCAACAUGGUGUGUGUGCGAUGCAAUUACUUCUGUACUGGUCUUGUAUGUGCUAAGUGGCAAGAGAGAUGGUUAUUUGUGAAAGACACCUUCUUCGGGUAUAUCAGACCCAGCGAUGGUGUUGUUAAAGGUGUCAUGCUGUUUGAUCAAGGUUUCGAAGUAUCUAGCGGUAUGUACUCCACGGGACUUAGCAAUGGACUACAAAUACUCAAUCAACACAGACAGCUCGUUAUAAAGUGUUGGACGAAACGGAAAAGCAAGGAGUGGAUGCAUUACUUGAAGACUGUUGCUAACCAGUCUGCCCGUGACUUCACCUACCCAAACGUCCACCAUUCAUUCGCUCCCCCCCGACCGUCCACCCCGGUGGCUAUGUUCGUGGAUGGCUCGCCUUAUCUCUCUGCCGUAGCUGAUGCUAUGGAGCUAGCCAGAGAGGAGAUCUUCAUAGCUGACUGGUGGCUGAGUCCAGAAAUAUAUAUGAAGAGACCAGCUCUAAAUGGAGAUUAUUGGAGGCUGGAUACAUUGUUGAAGCGGAAAGCGGCGCAAGGUGUGAAAAUAUUUAUAAUGCUGUACAAAGAAGUAGAAAUGGCGCUCGGUAUAAACAGUUUCUACAGUAAAAGUCGACUGGCCAGCGAGAAUAUUAAGGUAUUCCGUCACCCAGAUCACGCCAAAGUAGGUGUAUUCUUUUGGGCACAUCAUGAGAAAAUUGUAUGUGUGGACCAAAGUGUCGCGUUUUUAGGAGGCAUCGAUCUGUGCUAUGGACGCUGGGACGAUCAUAAGCAUAGAUUAACAGACCUCGGCAACAUAUCACACCCAAAAACAUCUAUAAGAUCAAAGAAAAAAACCUCAAGUUCGCCGGGCGCUGGUCAAGUGCAUUUGUACGAUGGACCGGCGAUUGAGUUGGCUAGAUCCACUAAAGAGUUGGUUAUUGGGUAUACUGAUGUAAUUCAAGAAGAAGAACCAGACCCACAAACACAACAGACAGAAACGGAAAACGUAACAAAUCCAGAUUUACCAGUCCUAGAACCGGGAGACCAUUUACUAAUAACUACCCUCGAUAAGGACGAUAAAAGGAACGUUCUAGAUAAACUAACAGAUAGGGGGAAGGAAAUUAUCGGAAUUAUUUACCCGCCAUAUGAAGAGGAAAGAAAUGAACAAAAGUUUGACGAUACGGAACGGAAAAAGGCGGAAAAGUAUGCGAGGUCGAAUGAUGAAGUACUGCUGACGGACGCGUUGGGUAUUAAUAUUAAGAGGUGUGAUGAGCCCGCGCCGUUGGCUGAGGUGGUUGAAGGUCGUGUAAUAACAGAGACUACAAAGAAAGUUCUAGAAGGAGUGGAGGGGAACUCAAAACUGUGGAUCGGGAAGGACUAUGUUAAUUUUAUUGUUAAGGAUUUCAACAAUUUGGACUCACCGUUUGUGGAUCUAGUAGACCGUUGUACCACCCCACGCAUGCCGUGGCACGACGUGGGGCUGAUGCUCGGCGGGGCGGCCGCCAGGGAUGUGGCCAGGCAUUUUGUGCAACGGUGGAAUGCUAUUAAAUUGGAGAAAGCUAGGCAAAACAGCAAUUACCCGUAUCUUCUGCCGAAAACCUACACGGAUAUAAAACCCCUUCCUGACCUGUAUGAACUUCUCAGCAUCGAUAUCACCAAUGUUUCUUGUCAAGUACUUCGCAGCGUUUCAAGCUGGUCUUGCGGCUUCCUAGACCCGGAUACAGUGGAACAAAGUAUACAUGAAGCAUACGUGGACACAAUAACAAGGGCCCAGCAUUACAUAUACAUUGAGAAUCAGUUCUUCAUCACGUUGUCCAGGACCAAUCCUAUUGUUAGGAAUCAGAUCGGCGAAGCGCUCUUCAACCGCAUUAUGCGUGCGUUUCGAGCCAAGGAAAUAUUCCGCGUAUACGUGGUGAUGCCACUCCUUCCUGGGUUCGAGGGUGAAGUGGGUGGAGCUACCGGCACUUCGCUGCACGCAGUCACACACUGGAACUAUCAGAGCAUCUGCAGGAGUCGCGAGGCUAUUCUUACCCGGUUGUACGAAGCGGGUCUCCCAGACCCGAGCGAGUACAUAACGUUCCACGGUUUGCGCACACACACCAUAUUAGAUGGAGAACCAUUAACAGAACUAGUGUAUGUGCACUCUAAAUUAUUGAUCGCUGAUGAUCGAUAUAUUAUCUGUGGCAGCGCUAAUAUCAACGAUCGGUCUAUGGUCGGGAAACGGGAUUCGGAAAUUGCUGUUAUACUGCAGGACGAAACCUUCGAAGACGGUAUCAUGAACGGCAAACCGUUCCCCGUGGGCAAAGUAGCUGGAGGGCUCAGAAAGAGGUUGUUCAGAGAACAUUUGGGGCUCAUGGACGAGGACCCCAACAGAGUGGGGGUCAAUUUGGACGACCCGUGUGCGGAACAGUUCUAUAUUGAUGUGUGGAAGGGUACUUCGAAGCGGAACACUGAUGUUUAUGAAGAGGUAUUCCACACAAUACCAACGGACUCAGUGCACACAUUCGCGGAACUAAAGAAGUACCAAGAGGAGAACUCGGAAACGUUAUGGCGUAAGGACCCGGCGCUUGCUAAUCGGAAAAUAGACCUUAUACAAGGCCUUGUGGUCGACUUACCGUUGAAUUUCCUUUGCAAUGAAACAUUGACGCCAAGAAAUACGUCUAUGGAAGGGAUGAUGCCUACUUCUUUGUGGACGUAAACUAGAUAAAAAAAGGUUAACUAAUAAGUAUUGAUAGAGAAAAAUAUUUAAAUACGGAACCAAUGAAAAUGCUGUUAAUUUUCAACCAAUGGUGUUAAAGUAAUUUUUAUUGCGCUAAAAGCUUGUAUAUAAAUAAUUAUGAUAGGUUUGAAUUAGUAGCCAAUCAAAACGCAGUUAUUAAAUUAUUUACCAAUAACUUACAAAUAAUGUUUGCGCUUUAAUUUAUGUACAUGAUAGAAUUUAUCUGUAAAAUAUAAUUUACCAAUAAAGUGAUAUGUCAAAUAAAAUUAAAAUAAUAAAAUUUGAUGCUAUGACUAAUUUUAAACUAGGAAUAAGUAAAAAUACUUGCCGAUAAAUUUACCAAAUUCGUCCUUACGCGGGUUCUGAUUUGCUAGCGAAUUUCCAAUACGUAU